AUGGAUGAUAGAGUCCUCUUAAAAGUAUAUUAUUUUGGUCGGAUUUUGUUAGAAACAUCUGAAGGAGUGAAAUUUGUCUGUGAAAAUCCAUUAGAUAUUGUUAUUCCGUUCAUAAUCUCAUUCGAGGAACUAAAAGGUGUGAUUUGUGAGAAGAUAGAUUUAGCGGUGGCAAGAAAAAUAUCAUGCAUUUUAUACAAGUAUCCUAUACCGGUAUUUGGCGGAUUCGUUCAAUUUCAAACCAGAUAUGUAACUGAUGAAGCGAGCAUGCAAGAGAUGUUUUCAGUGUAUAUGGAAAGUCGCGCUCAGAUGCCGUUCAUUGAGUUGUAUAUUGAGUUUGAGCAAUCUGAGGCCGACCGAAAUAUCGAACGAGAAGAUUACAAUAGUGAUAGUGAAGAAGAGUUUGAAAGCAAUUACGAAGUUGUUGGUCAAGAGGGAGAUGAAGUUCAAGGUGACGGCACUUGGGAGGCAAGUGUGACGGACGUGGCAAAUGCGUUGGCGAACGACCAUCCGUUUGAGGAACCAUCUUUCAUGCGAGCAUUGGAUUUGGAAGCCAUGCAUGCUCCGGAGUUUCCUGAAUAUAUGAAUGCAGAUGGUGAAUUUGCUGUUGAAAUGGAAUUCAGUUUCAGGGAAGCUGUUAUUAUGGCGAUGAAAGAUUAUACUAUUCGAAGAGGUGUAGACUACAGAGUGUAUGAGUCGGAGCCGCUAACCUUUUACGCCAAGUGUACGCAGUAUGGAUCAGGUUGUGAUUGGCUUAUCAGGGUUAGCAUGAUCAGCAGAAAGUACUGUUGGGUUAUAAGGAGGUAUAAUGGUAGUCACACUUGUACUAGAGCAACGAUAUCACAGGAUCAUUCGAAGCUGGAUUCGAACACUAUUGCAGAAGCGAUAAAGCCGUUGGUUGAGGCUGAUCCCUCGAUAAAGGUGAAAUCAGUUAUUGCGGAAGUGCAGUCAAAGUUCAAUUACACCAUCAGCUAUCGGAAAGCAUGGUUGGCUAAGCAAAAGGCAGUGAAAAAAAUUUUUGGAGGUUGGGAAGCAUCGUACAAAGCUUUGCCCAUAUGGUUUGAGGCAAUGUGUCAUAAGGAGCCAUCAGCAUUCGUCCACUUUGAGACUAUGCCUGCAUAUCAAGGUGAUGACUUGGUUACUGAUAUCCGAGUGUUGUCUCGAGUCUUUUGGAGUUACUAUCCAUGUAUCAGAGCAUUCAGAUAUUCUAAACCCGUUGUCCAGGUAGAUGGUACACACUUGUACGGAAAGUAUAAGGGUUGUUUGUUGGUUGCGGUUUCACAGGAUGGUAACAACAAUAUUGUCCCAAUUGCAUUUGCUAUUGUGGAGGGAGAGACUUCUGAUGCAUGGCACUUCUUUCUUAGCAACUUGCGACAACAUGUGGUUACUCGAGAUGGUGUGGGACUGAUCUCUGACCGACACAAAUCCAUUAAUGCAGCUGUGGCCCGCAAUAAUGGAGCUUGGUCGCCUCCUAGAGCCUUCCACAUGUUUUGCAUCAGGCAUAUAGAGUCGAAUUUUUUAAGAAAGUUUAAGGCACCUUACUUGCAGAAACUUGUGGUCAAUAUAGGAUAUUCGAGGACAGUCCGCGAGUACGAGUUGCGUUUCCAGCGUUUACGGGAACGGGGUGAGGCUUAUACUAACUGGUUAAGCCGUAUCCCCCGCGAACAGUAUGCAUUGGCGUUUGACGGUGGUUACAGAUGGGGACACAUGACCACGAAUCUAGUGGAAUGCAUCAACUCAGUCUUGAAGGGUGCACGAAAUCUCCCUAUCACUGCACUUGUCAAGGCGACGUUCUACAGGCUUAAUGAGUUGUUCACACGAAAACGAGCCGAGGCGGAGGCCCGGAUUAAUGCUGGACAUGUUUUUUCUGAGAUUGUGACCUCCAAAUUGCAUGCAAAUCAACUUGCAUCAGGAAACAUCCAGGUGGACCGUAUUCCUUGUCGACAUGUGUUUGCCUGUUGUGCGAAUCAACGGCUAGAUUGGCAAGUGUAUUUACAUGACGUUUAUAAGAUGGACCAAAUUCGACGUGUUUACCGAGCCAGGUUUAGGCCACUUGGGAAUCCUACUACAUGGCCUGCUUAUAACGGGCCUCGAUUCGUGCCAAAUCCGUUCUUGCGACGGGUUGCCAAAAGUCGCCCAAGGAUGACUCGUUUCUUGAACGAGAUGGACACAAGAAUGCUACGUGGUCCUAGGAGGUGUAGGCAAUGUGGGGCCGAGGGCCACAGCCGUAGUAGAUGUCGUCAAGCCGGAGGCAACAAUGCUCAGCAACAAUGCUUGAUGGUUGUUAUUGCUAUUAAGUUGCAUUAG